AUGUCUGGUAGGGUAUUAAGUGAGGAACAGAUAGAGGAGUUACGUGAAGCUUUCGGUUUAUUUGACAAAGAUCACGAUGGUCAUAUCACUUUGCAAGAGCUGCGCUCGAUGAUGAAACUGUUCAAUCGACCGUGUACCGCUGAGGAGGCGAGGGAGAUAAUGGCCGAAGUGGAUAAGAACAAUGAUGGGGUGAUUGAUUUUCGUGAAUUUGUCGAACUCAUGAGUCCAGUGAUGACCCCAAACCGUUCAGACGAUUCCGAUCUGAAGGCAGCAUUUGAAUUUUUUGACAAAGAUCAUGACGGGGAUAUCACCACGCGGGAAUUGAAAGCGGUGUUGCAAAGUCUGCACCUAAAGCUGACCGAUAGUGAGAUUGAAGAGAUGAUUGCUGAAGCAGACACGGAUCAUAAUGGUACAGUUUCGUUUGAAGAAUUCAAAAGUGUCAUGAGUAAAAGAAAAAAAUGA